AUGGCGACCGACAACGCGGACCCAAUUCCUCCCUGCAAGACGUUCGAUACCAUCUUGGUUCUCGACUUCGGCUCGCAGUAUACGCAUCUGAUCACGCGCCGACUCCGCGAGCUCAACAUUUACUCUGAGAUGCUGCCAUGCACGACCAAGAUUGCCGACCUGCCAUUUACGCCCAAGGGUAUUAUUCUCUCGGGCGGCCCAUACUCUGUCUACGAGGAAGGCGCACCCCACGUAGACCACGCAGUCUUCGAUCUCGGCGUCCCGAUUCUGGGGAUAUGCUACGGACUGCAAGAAAUGGCAUGGCACUUUGGCAAGAAUGCUGGAGUUGCCGCGGGCGAGAAGAGAGAAUACGGACACGCAAACUUGCAGAUUGAGAGCCACGGUGGGCACAUGGAUGAACUGUUCAAGGACUUGGGCAACGAGCUGGAAGUCUGGAUGAGUCACGGUGACAAACUCAGCCAUAUGCCUCAGGACUUCAUGACUGUUGCGACUACAAGCAACGCGCCCUUUGCGGGCAUUGCGCACAAGACGAACAAGUACUACGGAAUCCAGUUUCACCCUGAGGUCACACACACGAAGAAGGGAAAGACUGUGCUGAAGAACUUUGCCGUCGACAUCUGUCAGGCGAACACAAACUGGACCAUGAGCAAAUUUGUAGACCAGGAGAUUACGCGCAUCAGGAAGCUGGUGGGCGAAAAGGGACAGGUCAUCGGCGCUGUCAGCGGAGGCGUCGACUCGACCGUUGCGGCAAAGCUGAUGAAGGAAGCCAUUGGCGACCGGUUCCACGCCGUCAUGGUAGACAAUGGUGUGCUGCGUCUCAACGAGGCUGUGCAGGUCAAGAAGACGCUGGACGAAGGCCUGGGCAUCAACCUCACAGUCAUUGAUGCGUCUGACCUUUUCCUCGACCGUCUCAAGGGCGUCACCGACGACCCGGAGAAAAAGCGCAAGAUCAUCGGCAACACCUUCAUUGAGGUGUUCCAGCAGCAAGCCGAGAAGAUCAAGGCAGAGGCUCACGCUUCCAGCGAGGCUGGCGAGAUUGAAUGGCUCCUCCAGGGUACCCUCUACCCUGACGUCAUCGAGUCUCUCUCGUUCAAGGGCCCCUCUCAGACCAUCAAGACACACCACAACGUUGGUGGUCUCCCCAAGGACAUGAAGCUUAAGGUCAUCGAACCACUCCGCGAGCUCUUCAAGGACGAGGUCCGUGAACUGGGCAAGGAACUCGGUAUCCCGGAAGAGCUCGUCUGGCGCCACCCGUUCCCUGGCCCAGGUAUCGCCAUCCGUAUCCUGGGCGAGGUCACGCGCGAGCAAGUCCGUAUUGCGCGCGAAGCCGACUACAUCUUCAUUGAGGAGAUCAAGGCCGCUGGUCUUUACAGGAAUAUCAGCCAGGCGUUUGCGGCGCUUCUGCCUGUCAAGGCAGUUGGUGUCAUGGGCGACAAGCGUGUCCAUGACCAGGUGAUUGCACUGAGGGCUGUCGAGACAUCCGACUUUAUGACGGCAGACUGGUAUCCGUUUGACGGCGAGUUCCUCAAGAGGGUGAGCAGGAGAAUUGUGAAUGAGGUUAAUGGUGUUUGCCGAGUGGUUUAUGACAUCACAAGUAAGCCUCCGGGCACGAUUGAGAUGGAGUAAGUGUACAUUCAUCCCGGCUCUAGUGCUUUGCCAGAGGACGGUGUGAAAGGCAGACACUUGUGAAUACAAAAGAUGACUGGACUUGGAUGUGACCAAACGAUAGAUGAUAGACGCCCUUUGAUGAUACCCUCGCAUGGCUACGAUUACGUAGCUAAAUAUGACAUUUUACG